AUGCAGCGCUUGAUAAGUUCAAAUUACUUGAGCAGUGUCUGUGUUGUGCUGGGUAAACAGCUCAACUUUUCGCUUGUUAAUGUCGGUGGCGCUGACAUCUUUGACAGGUGCGAAGAAGAUGAAUCUGUCGAUUGUGUGGCACAGCAUGCGAUACCGGCAACUGAAGAUUUUGAACGAUCUGGCGGAGCGGGCCGUGGCGAAAUCACCGACAAAGAUAUCGUCGGAUGGGCAAACGAGAAGGUUCGGCAGAGCGGACGGGCAAAGGGCAACAUCGUGUCAUUCCGGGACCCGAGUCUGUCCGACGGGCUCUACCUGCUUGACUUAAUCCAUGCUGUCGAGCCUCGCGCCGUGGAUUGGGACAUGGUCUUACAAGACAAGACAGACGACGCGAAGGCCAGCAACGCCAAAUACACUAUCAGCUGUGCGCAGAAGAUAGGUGCGACCGUCUUCUUAAUGUACGAGGAUAUCGUGGAGGUGAAGCCCAAGAUGAUGAUGACUUUUGUGGCGAGCCUGAUGCUGGUAGACCACCAGCGCAAAGCGUCGGACGUUGGCUUUACCCAGUGA